GGGUCUCUGGCCUCUCCACCUACUGGAGCUCCUGCUGAAGCAGGCAGCUGGGCAGGAGCAUGGAUAGAUUUUCCUAAUUCUCUCAAUGCAGAGGGAAGGUAGGGCACGAGGGCCUUGAGUCCAGCAGACCUGGUGUGGGGUCCAAGCCUUGUCCCUAGGAACGCAUGGGCCUCGAUUUCCUUGUCCAGAGAGUGGAGGAAGGGAGUGUAUUCUUUGCAAGAUUGUCACCCCACAAAUUGUUACCUGGGGGCUGACACAUCAGCCUGCAGCCAUGUAUUUUCUUUGUGAAAAUAAUCUCACUGUGACAUUUUUUGUGCAGGCAGGAGGUUGAGGAUGUGUGGGAAGUUAGUACCCUGAUCUCGGGGAUAAUUCUUUGGAGGGGUAUAGAGUAGGGAGGAUUUCUCCAGAAGAUCUCAUUUUAGAGGUAGAAAUGUACUCAGGAAAAGCAGGAGGGGCUUAGCGGAGCAGCCCCCUUCCUUGGGGCAGCCAUCUGAGGUUGUACCUUGCUUGCUGUUGGGGUGUCACGGGUUUUGGGCCUCACUCUCAUCGGUGCCCGCUCACUGGUCCUGGCGACCCUCACAGCAGCCCUUUCUACAGACGGGAAGCCAGGCUGCGCUCAGUCCUGCAUCCAUCUCCUGGCCUGGGGAUCAAGGCUGGGUGGCGGCUCCUCACGCCACAAGCUGCUUGAUGGGCCAGCCGCAGCCCUCCGUCCCCACGCCUCUAGCUCCUGGUUUGUGCCCUCCAGCUUAGGCCCUACUCCCAGAAAGGCCACAGUGCACUUUUAUAUAAAUCCAGGGUUGUUGUUUUCAAUAAACCAUCAGGGACAUUUUCCUGUGUCGAUGCUGAUCUGCAGAACCUUUUUUUGAAAGUUGAGAUAUAGUCCACAUUCUGUCAGAAACGUGUAGUCUUGAGUAGUUUUUUAGUACAUUCACAAAGUUGUGCAGCCAUCACAUCUGUCUAGUUCCAGAACAUUCCAUCACCCCAAAAGGAGCCCUUUGUUCAUCAGCAUCACCCCUCAAUCUCUCCCCCAGCCCCUGGGAUCUACUAUUGCACCUUCUUUUUCUUUUUCUUUUUUUAACAGCUUUAUUGGGAUUACGGUUCAUAUACGUACAGUUCACCCAUUUGAAGUGUACAAUUGAAUAGUUUCUAGCAUAUUCACAGACAGGUGAAUCCUCCACAUUUCCCUCACCCCAAAAGAGCCCCAGACCCUUAAUCAUCAGUGCCUUGUACCCCCAGCCACUUACCUGUGCUCUUUGUCUAUUUGCUGUUAUGUAGCUUGGCGGGGGGGACUGGAGGCAGAGAAAGGCUGGUGAGUUUCAUGGGGUCCUCUCCUUCCUCUGGCCAUAUCUGACCCCAGUUCCUUCCUGCUGUCCUGGGCAUGUAGGCUCAGUGUGCGCAUGAGCCAGCACAGCAUGAUGGAAAGGUGCAUCAUCCUGAAGGCAAGAGUCAGGGGCUCUGUGUGCUGGGCUCCUGGUCCUAGCAGACAGAGCCAGGCCCAGGGGAAUCGCCUGGCUUCCAGCCAUGGCCCUGCUUGUCCAGAGGUCCUGGUGGGGAUUCUAGAGGGGAGUGCAGCUGGCCGCCAUGUGGGUCCUGACGUUGGAGGGGAGGGGGUUUCCUUCUGGCUGUCCCAGCUUCCAUGCUGCCCUCCGUGGUCCCUAGAGGGGCUUGGGGGGCAGACAUGCAGUUGCUGAAUUAGAGGCUCAUCCUAGAGAUUUUUCAGGGGAGAUCAACAAAAUCAAGCACUUUUCAAUCUCAGACUGAUGAGCUGUUACUGAGAGCGACUGCUUGUUGAGUUGGUAUCAGUGACGUGUUUGGAGAGGCCCCGGGCCUGUUGGGCCCCACACAAGUGCUUUUUCUAACAGCUUGAUGGAGCUGCAGUCCACAUACCGCACAGUUUAGCCACUAGAAGUGUGCAAGUGAGUUUAGUGUAUCACAGAGUCGUGCAACCUUCACCAGGGCCAACUUUAAAACAUUCCGUCAACCCAAAAAGAAGCCCCGUCUCUCCUGGCGUCACUCCCCACCCCUCCCUUCCUGGCCCCCACGAGCCCCCUUCCCGUCCGCGGAUGAGCCUGUUCCGGACGUGUCACCACGUGGACUCACACCCUGUGUGGCCUUCUGUGUCUGGGUCCCCCCCGAGCGUCGUGGGCUUAGGGUCCGUCCCCGGGGCCACGCAUGUGGGCGCCUCGCUCCUGUUCGCGGCCGCGGGAUGUUUCCACGUGUUUGUCUGCUCACCACCUGAUGGCCGAGUGACGCGUGCGUGAGGGACACGCUGUGUGUAUCUGUCCCCCCACCGCUGGACACUUGGGCUCUUUUCUCCUCUUGCCCUCGAUGAGUCCCACUGCUCUGAACACCGGGGUGUCGUUUUGCAUGAACACAUUCGUUCUCUCGGGUAGAUGGGAGUGUGGGGUUGCUGAUCAGUCCAGAGUGGCUACAGCAGUUGGCGUUCCUGGGCCUGUGCUACUCGUUUGUCGUGCAGUCUCCCUGUGGGUCGGCAUCGUUAGUCUCCUAGAGAGCCCCAGUGGGAAGAAGUUCCGGAGCAAACCCCAGCUGGCACGGUAUCUGGGGGGUUCCAUGGACCUGAGCACCUUUGACUUCCGGACGGGCAAGAUGCUGAUGAGCAAGAUGAACAAGAGCCGGCAGAGGGUCCGCUAUGACUCAUCCAACCAGGUCAAGGGCAAGCCCGACCUGAACACGGCCCUCCCCGUCAGGCAGACGGCAUCCAUCUUCAAGCAGCCAGUGACCAAGAUCACCAACCACCCCAGCAACAAGGUGAAGAGUGACCCCCAGAAGGCCGUGGAGCAGCCUCGGCAGCUUUUCUGGGAGAAGAAGCUGAGUGGCCUCAAUGCCUUUGACAUCGCCGAGGAGCUCGUGAAGACCAUGGACCUGCCCAAAGGCCUGCAAGGCGUGGGGCCUGGCUGCACGGAUGAGACCCUGCUGUCGGCCAUCGCCAGUGCCCUGCACACCAGCACCAUGCCCAUCACCGGGCAGCUCUCAGCCGCCGUGGAGAAGAACCCCGGGGUGUGGCUCAACACGGCCCAGCCCCUCUGCAAGGCCUUCAUGGUGACCGAUGAGGACAUCAGGAAGCAGGAGGAGCUGGUGCAGCAGGUGCGCAAGCGGCUGGAGGAGGCGCUGAUGGCCGACAUGCUGGCCCACGUAGAGGAGCUGGCCCGGGACGGCGAGGCGCCGCUGGACAAGCCCGGCGCCGACGAGGACGAGGACGAGGAUGAGGACGAGGAUGAGCCCGACCAGGACCAGGAGAUGGAGCACGUCUAAAAGGCCCUGUGGAGCCCUGCCUGCAGGGAGCCUCCUGCAGACUCCGCCUUCUCCACGCUCGGACCACGCUCUGUGGCCCGGCCCAGGACGAUGGCGGCCCCUCCUAGGCCCUCCCAGGCGUGUCCCCUCCCCUGGGCCCACGGGGGCACGGCUGGAGGGCAGCCCCUGCCUGACGGGCCCCCCACGUUGGCUCUUCUCUGAAGGGCCUGGGUGCAGAAGUGUCCGCCGGCCCCGGGCCUGCCUGCAGGAGGCCCCCCUCGGCGCUGUCACUCCACCUGGACUCAGGGCCGGCCUCGUCCCCACGGCCGCAUCACACAGGACGGCUGCCACCAGGCGGCCUGCGAGGGUCCCCAAGGGGCUGGAGAAACAGUUUUUGGAACAGUCCCACCUCCCGAUCCCCGCGUGAGGGAUGCCAUUCCGGGGUCCGCACGUCAGCCCUCCAAGGAGGGGGUGCCCACCAGCGGGCGAAGCCGCCACGGCUCGGAGCUCAUCUGGAGGCAAACGGCACAACCCAGACGUUGUCCUUCAAUAAAUCCGUGACACAAACGAGGCUGGACGUCCACAUAACUGCUUAGCCUUUGUGUUUGCUGCACGUGGAUGCGAACUCUCGCCUUUGUGUUGGGAAACCUCACUGUCCACAGCGCGGCCGACCCGGCCUGAGGGUCAGCCAGCCACCGGCGACGGCGAACUGCUCACGGCCGGCUCACCAGGCCGGGGCUCCAAGGCAGCUGGGCCGUCUGCCGGCCUCCCUUCCCCUCCCCGUGUAGCGGGGACGGGGACGCCCAGCGCUUAGGGCCAGAGCUGGUCCUGGGCCGCGGCUCCUCCGAGGUCCCAUCUUGGGGUGCGUUCUGUGGCCCGGCGUUUCCAAGCACCCGGUGCCCAGAGCAGCGGCCUCUGGGGAGCUCUGGGCGCAGGGGGCGUCGGAAUCGUGGUCCUUCAUCCCUGCCCCCUCCUGGCCUGAGUGCCUUGGGUGAGGGGCGCCCUCUUGUCCCCGCUCGGCCCUGGCCCGCAGCCGGAGACCGUCGGGAAAGACCUGGGUCGCUGCCUGUGUGGCUGUCACUCCGGCUGAUGCACAGGGUGUGGGCGAUGGCGGGAGCCACCUGCUCGUCCGAGGACGCUCGCUGGCCCGGCACGGCACAUUGGCAGCAUCCUUCCAGUCAAAGCACAAAUCCUCCAGAACCACCCACGAAGGCCGGCUGAGUGCGCGUGGCUGGCGUGCUGGGGGGGCCGGGCCACCACAGGCCUCGGGAAGGCCUCUCCCCUGAGGCCACACGUCGUCCUGCCCUUCACGGAGGCCGCAGCCGCUGAAGGAGCUCCGUCUGGGGCUGGCCCCUGUGUGGGCCUGAGGUCCAGGUGCCCGGAGCCCUGCCCAGCGGAAGGGACUGCGGGGCCCGGGAGGCACCCUGUCCUGUGGGCGACCGUUGAAUAAAGCCAUCUCGGUGAG